AUGUUUGUUAGAGUAAUGGUCAUAGAUUCGGCAGAACUGAUUUAUAUUUCAUACUAUGUCGGUUCCGCUACUAUUCUACGCAGAGUAAUGUAUAGAACUCCUUUUAUUUUUGUUCUUCAAUGUUUUUUUUAUUUUUCCUGCGUAGAUGUGUAGCGAAACUUGUCUCUUCCUCCCUCUAUUUAUUUUUUUGCGUAAUAUUUUUGGGGCAGUAGAUUUAUUUUUAUUUUUGGGGCAGUAGAUUUAUGUUUAUGGGCAGUAGAUUUAUUUUUAUUUUUGGGGCUGUAGAUUUAUUUUUAUUUUUGGGGCAGUAAAUAAUUUUUAUUUUUGGGGCAGUAAAUUUAUUUUUUUUUGGGCAGUAAAUUUAUUUUUUUCUAUCUUUCUUUAUUUCUCUUCUUCAUCUUUAUCUAUUUUCUUACUAAUCUUUCUUCUCUCUUUCUUCGUCUUCCUCUUUCUUCUUCUUCCAUCCAUCACCUCUUUUUUGCGAUU